CAAUCAGAUCGAUUUGUGUAAAAUAAUCUUUUAGCAGCUCAGGAAGCGAGUAUACAGAACCUCGCAAUAGAAUUCAAUAAACUUGCGUAUUUAAUGGGCAAAUAAACAGUGUUUAAACAAACAAAUAACUAAAAAUUCGCAACGUUGCUCGGUAAGUGCUUGGACCUAACUAGAGUGCGGUUUACAGAAUCGUUACAAGUUAUACAGCCGCUAGAAAAAGCGCUGGAAUCGUGACGUCAGGUCCUUUUUCUUUAGUCUAGACUUGACGCAGAUCGGUUGGCGGACAUUUUUUCUACCGGCAGUUGAUGAUCUGUUUGGAAAAAAGGGCGUUUUGUUUUUUUCAUAUUCUCCAGUUUGUAGAGACUAAAAGAAGAAGGAAAACGUUCGAAUUGUGAUCCAGGAGCUUUUUACUCGGAGCACCAACACAAAUGGAUUCGUCUGAUAAUUUCUUCUGGAAUGCCGAAGUGGCGAAUGGCAACGACAAUGGUAUUCUCCACAGCUCAAUUGAUGGCUUUAUACAGCAACAGCAGAUUAUUAUACAGGACCAAGACUCUCCACCCCCAAAGUCAUCUCCAUUAAUUUCAACUGAAACUACAUCCCAGUCCAUUACAUUCAGCCAGCAGAGCCAUGUUACAAUGGCAGAAGAAGAAAAACCAAAAGAGACGACAGUUACAGUGGCUGCAGACGGGAUACUCCCGAUGGGAAUUGUGAACCCAGAUGCAAUUGAGCCCAAACCCCGUUCCUAUACUUGUAGGAUCUGCCAGAUUACUUUUCCAAACAAAAGUGAGGUCACGGUUCAUUCUCGUUUACAUACUGACCACCAAGGAAAACCAUACAGAUGUAACUUUUGUGGAAAAGGUUUUUCGACCAACUUUUACCUGAAGCAACAUGAAAGAAUACACAGCGGACAGAAGCCAUACAAAUGCCCUAUGUGUGAUAACUCAUUCAAACAACUGUCUCAUGUGCAACAGCACGUCAGAACGCAUACUGGUGUUCGCCCAUACAAAUGCCACUGGCCAGGCUGUGGAAAAGCUUUCUUGCAACAAUCUCACUUGAAAAGCCAUGAAGCACGUCAUGAACCUAAGCCAACAACAGGAGCUAGACCAUUCAAAUGUCACUGGCCGGAUUGUGGUAAAUCAUUUGCCCAACUAACUAAUCUCAAGUCCCACGUGGCAAGACAUACACCUGGCAAAUCUAAAGGCAAGAAGGGAAAUGCGAAAAAGGCAGCUUCUGGUAACUCUGAGGAUAAUGUAAUAAACCAAGCUGCAGCUGCCGCCAAUAUAGUACCAGGAAUGGGCAUAACUGUAAACGAAGAAGCUGAGAUCCGUCCUUUUCUCUGUCCGGGCUGUUCAAAGUUGUACGUGCGAGAAGCCACCUUCAAAAAGCAUCUUGAAGAAUGCAAAACUAAACUCCAGCUCUCAAUAUCUGCCACCGCAUCCGCUCUUGGGAUUGCUCCUCCCCCCAUGCCAUCCUCCAGCGGAGGAAUGCAGGAUUUUGAUCAGAAUCUUCUGCAAGUUAACAUAGUCGGUAACCAAAACCAACAACCAGCAAAAAGAGCUCGCAUAUCGCACGACGAGCAGCAAAUGGGGAUACAGGGCCAAACCAUGACUGACGGGGACACCAUUCAAGUAAAACAGGAGACCGUCAUCUCCGAAAACGAGAAUACAGUCUUCGUCACACGCGAAGAUGGAGAAUACAAACUUCCGGAUGUCCUCUACUCCACAAAUCAGGGCGAUCAAAUCAGCAUUGAAGAUGUGACGUUCCAUCAAACCUCCUCUUCUGAGCAUCCAACAUCCAGCUCCCAGAUCAUUACAGCUGAUUCCUCUGCUCCAGGGAUCAUACUCUCCCAGCCGACGAGUACAUCCGCUUCAGGAAAAGAUCCAGGCACAUCCACAAUUAAUCAAGCCGCUUUAAGAUGGCAGUGGGACAGUGGAAACACAUCAAUUCCUAGGCUUAAUUUCCCAUAAAAAGUCUAGUUUUGAGAUAUAGGCUAAGGUGCUAACAAUAAUGUUUAAUGGUAUAUUUUUAUACCAAGCGAGAAUCAUAUUCUAAUUUUUUAACGCCUUUUUUUUAAAAAAAAUAGAUCUAUUAUGUAUGUAGCCCGUUGUAUUUGAAGUUAGCACAGUAAAAAGUUACUGGAUUUGUUUUCAACUAUCAUGCACUAAAGUUGCAGUUUUGUAUUUCAAAAAUUGUGCCAUUUGCUGUAAAUAACGACAGUUUUAGAUUUUUCUUCUGUCUAAUUGAGUGCUAAAUGUUCACUGCCUAAAAUAUCUGUAUUGGCAGUACUGUCUGCUUAUCCAUACUAAAAAAAAGGUACAGUUAUAUGUAUCCUAAAAGGUUUUACAAAUUUGCUUAACAGUCUUAUAACCCCUUUUCCAAACGGUGCAAUUUAACUAUUAUAUCCAUAAAAAAAUAUUUAUGGCAACGUAAAACUUAAAUUCAUAAAAAAAUACUUUUGGCAACUUGAAACUUUUGCACGUAAAUUACCAUAAAAAUGUAAAAUUGGACUAAAACAGCAUAAAAAUAUCAAAAGGACUAUUUUUACACUUGAACCUUUGUACAAAAUGUUAUGUAGAUAACUCCAGGGCACUGCCCGCUUAUUUUUACUAACCCUUGCUACUAGGUCGAAUUUUCGACUAUUAAAAUCUGUUUGUUGAA